AUGGACUGUAGCCCACCAGGCUUCUCCGUCCAUGGGAUAUUCCAGGCAAGAGUACUGGAGUGGGUUGCCAUUUCUUUCUCCAGGGGAUCUUCCCGACCCAGGGAUCAAACCCAGGUCUCUGCAUUGCAGGCAGACGCUUUACCCUCUGAGCCACCAGGGAAGCCCUCAGUCUUGCCCCAAGCCUCACCAAAACGGACAGAAACAAGAGCAGCAAAAUCUUGGAAGCCAAAAAUCAGCAGAAACUCGCCCCUCAAGCCCGGCCACCCGCUCCAUCUGCCCAGGACUGUCCGGCGGGCCCACGGGCAUCACGCCCUGGGCCCCACCCUGGGGAAUGUCACCUCUUCUCCCAUGUGCUCACUUCACAACUUUGGAGGCAUCUCGCUUGUCUUCUCUCCUCAAACUCCACACCUGCCAUCUGCUCUGCCCCCAGGCGGGUGCAGAAUCCAGUCUCCGCUGGUUCCUCCACCGCCCCCGCCCAGGAGGAGACCUGUCACCUCUCACCUGGACUGUAACAACUGA